AAGUUCCUUCUGUUUAUACAUCAACCAUGAGUUAUAAUGUAGAAUACGGAGGUGAAGUGACACUCCAAUGUUCUGUCAUUUCACGUGUAUCAUUACAAUAUAUAUACUGGGAAAAGUCUUCAAAUGGAAUAAUAAAAGCAAUUAACCAACGAGAUAGGGGAACCAGAGGAGUUUCGGUAUGAAACCCCUCUCUGACUAUACUAAAAAUCACAAUGGCUGACAUCGGCGAGUAUACGUGCAUUGCCAGUAAUGCAGUUGGCACUGUCAGAAGUGAUAAGAUAAGUUUGACAAUUAAAGGAGGUUUGCCACUAGUGACUGUUGGCGCCUUUGUUUAUAACGUUGUUUAUGGAAAUAAAAUUACAUUACGGUGUUCAGUGAGCAGUGAUCCUAAAGCAAAUCUAGUAUAUUGGCAAAAAAAAGUCAACGGAGUUUUAUCCACACUGAGUCACAAUGCUUUUGGUACAAAUGGAAUGACUCCAAAUAAUCCAUCACUUACAAUAGAAUCUGUAGCACUGUAUGACUCCGGAGCUUAUCUGUGUUUGGCUGUCAAUGAUGUUGGAACCAGUUCAAGUCAGUGGACAACAUUAUCAGUCACUGGAGCUUUACCUGUGGUUAAAACAGAUUUACCAACUUAUUUUGUUGAAUAUGGAGAGAGUGUAACUUUACCUUGUUCAGUUUUAUCUACCCCUGUUUAAACUUAUGUAUACUGGGAGAAAACUGUCAACGACAGAGAUACCUUUAUUUAUAGUGGAACUCCAGGAACACAUGGUAUGAGUCUGAGCAGUCCAUCUUUAACGAUUGAUUCCGCUGCCGAAUCAGACAAUGGGAAUUAUACAUGUAUAGCCAUUAAUUCUUUGGGGAUCACAGAAAGCUUGACGAUAUCGUUAACUGUUCUUGGUGAGUCUCCUAUAGUGUCUGUAAAUAAAGAAAACUAUACAGUAAAUGCUGGUUCAUCUGCACUUCUCCAAUGUGAUAUACAAUCAAAUAUGCCAUACAAUCACAUUUAUUGGGAACGAAAUAUAAAUGGAACUACAACAAUGCUUCUUCCUGGAAUGAUAGGUAUUAGUGGUGUAACAACGGAAGAUCCAUUUCUUCGAAUUGAUGAGGUAGAUUUGUCAAUGGCAGGAGAAUAUUCCUGUUACGCUGUAAACAAAGUUGGAACAGGACACAGCUACCCAGUUGUGCUAAUUGUAACACCUACUGAUAACGCUACUGACAGCCCUGAUUAUCCAGACGAAUCUAACUCAGACAGGAUAUCAGUUAUACUCAGUGUUACUCUUGGGGUCUGUUUUACAGUAUUUAUUGCUAUAAUGAUAGUGUGUUUCCGGAAACAACUUCUCAACAAACUUGGACGCAGACACAAAUAUUCCGUGGAAAAAAUUGAAAUUGAUAGAUUGUCACAAAAAACAACUUGAAGAAUGGAUAUAACGAAUUUUAAAUAUAACUUUCAUUUUAUUUUGAAAUGUAGUAUGUAAAUUGUUUAAGUUUUGGAAAAACUUGCUUCUUUUUCCAUGCAACCAUGCAAAAAUAAUUCUUGUUAAUUGUACUUUUGUCAGGAGCCUCUAAUGCAUUGGUUGUCGUUUGUUGAUGUGUAACAUAUUUGUUUUUGGCUGUUUAUUAUUUUGUACGUAAAUUAGGCCGUUAGUUUUCUCAUUUGAAUUGUUUUACAUUUAUCAUUUCUGGGCCUUUUAUAUCUGACUAUGCGGUAUGGGCUUAGCACAUUGUUGAAGGCCGUACGGUGACCUAUAGUUGUUAAUUUCUGUGUCAUUUGGUCCCUUGUAGAGAGUAGUCUCAAUGGCCAUCAUACCACAUCUUUUUAUUUUUAUAAUCUAUAUAUUUCGAUGUCUGACUUAUUAUAUUUUACUGCAGAUUUUGACAAAUCCAUUGUUGGUAUGAAUCACCGUAUAAAACGUCACAUGCUGGUGUUGGCAUUGUAUGACACGGGGUUGCGGCUUCGAAUCGAUUUAAAAAAAGAACAAGGUCGAUGAAAAUGUGGAAUUUUGUGUUUAGAAAUUUGUUAGGACUAAUUCCUAUAUUGCUCGGAAGGUACUGGUCUUUUUCAAUUUAUCGCAAUCAAAGGAUGCUUGAUUUUUAGAAUUAAACUUAAUGUACUUACCAGAUUCCGUAUAUUGUUAUAAAAUUAAGUAUUUGCUAAGGUACCAGACCUAUGGUCAGCUUCCCAGUCAAAGCUUGUUUGUUUUGAAGUUCUUUCCUCGAAUUGUUAUUUGUCUCAUGGUAUGACAGGUAUCGUACACAACCAACAUCCCUCAUAUGGUGUUUCUCAAAUUUGAACAUAAAUGUUGUUUAUAAUCACACAUAAACAUUUCGAAAGUGACUAUAUACAAACCAGUUCUACUGAUACUAUUAUAUACUAUAUAUUAACUCAAAACAAAUACAAUACUCUCGCAAUGCA